AUGGCAGACACUCCCGUAACACGCGCCCGUGACGAUCGCUUCGGCGAAAACGUGGCAAAGCCCCCGCAACACCAGGAGGACCCCGUUCAGGAGGUGAAUUUGCUGGGCGAGGGAAGUCCAGGUGUUCGACGCAUCGAGAUCAUCACCUCACAUUUCAGGCUUGUGGAUCGCAUCUUUCUCUUUGCCAGCAUUUUCCUCAUCGCCUAUGUUUAUGGCCUGGAUGGAACCGUCCGCUACACCUACCAGCCAUAUGCGACCCAAAGUUAUGGAAAGCACAGCCUGCUGGCCACUAUUAAUGUUCUCCGCGCUGUCAUCGCUGCUGCGGCGCAGCCUACCGCCGCAAAAAUUGCAGAUGUGUUCGGCAGAGUCGAACUGAUCCUUGUUUCCAUCCUUUUCUACACCGUCGGCACCAUCAUUGAAACUUUUUCGAAGAGCGUGGAGGCUUUCUGUGCAGGGGCCGUGAUCUACCAGAUUGGAUAUACCUGCAUUAUGUUGCUGGUCGAAGUCUUGAUUGCAGAUGUCACCUCUACGCGAUCUCGUCUUUUUUUCUCCUUUAUUCCUGCUUUGCCGUUUAUCAUCAAUACUUGGAUAAGUGGGAACCUAACGAGUGCCGUGCUGAAAGUCACCUCAUGGCAAUGGGGUAUUGGUAUGUUCGCCAUAAUCUAUCCGAUUUGCGCUCUCCCUCUGGUCGUCGUUCUCUUCAUCGUUCACCGCCGCGCCAAGGCUUCCGGUCAACUGGAGUCUUACAAGAGUUCUCUCGAUCUGCUUGGUGGUCGGCGCCUUGUAACGGAACUUUUCUGGCAUUUGGAUGUUGUUGGAAUCAUCUUGAUGAUUGCUAUGCUUGCCUGUAUCUUGGUUCCGUUCACCAUCGCUGGGGGAGUUACUGCACAAUGGAAGACCGCGAAGGUUCUUGCCCCGUUGGUGAUUGGCGUUCUGUUGAUCCCAGUGUGGGCAUACUGGGAAAGAACAUGCAAAUAUCCAAUGUUGCCAUCAAAGCGUCUCAAAGACCGUGGUAUCUGGGGUGCAUUAGGCAUUGCGGUCAUGUUAAACACUGCUUGGUAUCUCCAGGGUGAUUUCCUGUACACUGUACUCUACGUGAGCUUCGACGAAUCUGUGCUGAGUGCGACCCGCAUCACAUCACUAUACAGUUUCACUUCGGUGAUUGCGGGGACUAUCCUUGGACUUAUCAUCAUGAAGAUUCGGCAGCUGAAGCCCUUCAUUGUUUCCGGAACAGUACUUUUUACAAUCGCAUUUGGCAUCCUCAUCUACUACCGCGGGGGGCCGGGUGGGUCAAGUCAUUCGGGAAUAAUUGGUGGACAGGUUCUCUUGGGACUUGCCGGCGGAAUGUUUGCUUACCCUGCUCAGGCCAGUAUCCAGGCUGUUUCCAAACAUGAACAUCUUGCUGUCGUGACUGGAAUUUACCUCGCCUCCUAUAACGUUGGGAGUGCUCUAGGGAACACAAUCUCCGGUGCCAUCUGGAAUCAAGUGCUCCCCGCUGAACUGAUCCGCAGACUUGGCAAUGAGACACUAGCUGCUGAGGUCUAUGCACAGCCCCUGCUUUUCGCCGCCGCCAAUCCAGUAGGAACUCCGGACCGAGAUAAUGUGAUUCUUGCGUACCGGAAAACACAGCGCUUGCUUUGCAUCACGGGAAUUUGCUUGACAAUUCCUUUGAUCAUCUUCUCCCUCUGCAUCCGGAACCCCAAGCUUACCAAAGAACAAACCCUUGCUAAGGCAGAGGACGAGCAGGUCACCGAUUCUGGCUCAGAGAGAGUUGAGUCACGCUGA